AUGGCCGACGCCAGCAAACUCAACGGUACCGCCGUAUACCUUACGGACGCCAGACGUGUGGGCAUCAUGCUCCGGGACCGACGUAAGUUUCUCCGUAUCUCGAGCGAUGCCUUGGAUGAGAGCUGAGUCUUGGUAUCCGUUGCAGGCCUUACCCUCCGUGAGCAUGCGGCCAUAACAGAGUUCAUUCUCGAGACGGUUGAAGACGACGAAUUCGUUCUCCGUGCCACCGCGUAUAAGGGCGACAACAAUUACAUCAAAGCUGCCGGAAAGGGCACGUUCAAGGCCGAGUCAUCGAAAAAGGAUGCCGUGAGAUUCCACAUGAUGCCGACGGAGUUGGGCAACGAGUUGUUGGUUGGACAGGGCCGGCCGGGGAUCUUUGACGAUUUCUACGAUGUCUCGAUUGGUGAGGCGAGGGAGGAACGGUCGUCGGUCAUGAUUCUGGUCCAUGAGGACGUGGAGAGUAUCUGGAAGUACACCGCGAAGUAG